AUGAGGCCAUCUGGUUCUCACUUCUCAAUAACCUACCAAUUGAUUUGGCAUGCCCAGAGAAAAGCAGCUUUGUCAUUUUUCUCUUUACAAGAAAAUUUUCUUCCCAGUGUUCAAACAUCUGAGAGUCAACGCUUUCAAAUUGUUGCCAUAUACUUCCGAAGACUAGGUAUUUUCAAAUUUUCUUGGACCAAGUCAAAGACAAUUAUCCACAGCUCUCUCUCUUUCUCAUCGUUAAAAGCGGCUGUCAAAUCUCAACCGAUACAGAAAGAGAAAAACAUCAUGAUGUCCAGCUCAACCCACCUAAUCUUCUCCCUCUUGCUCAUCUCCGCCGCUGCUACACUUUGUCCCGUCCAUGCCACCGACCACAUUGUCGGUGCCAACCGCGGCUGGAACCCCGGCUUCAACUACACCCUUUGGGCCAACAACCAUACCUUCUAUGUUGGCGACCUUAUCUCAUUUAGGUACCAAAAGAACCAGUACAAUGUGUAUGAGGUAAACCAGACUGGCUAUGACAACUGCACCACUGAAGGUGCUGUUGGAAACUGGAGCAGUGGCAAAGAUUUCAUACCCCUCAACGAUGCCAAGAGGUAUUACUUCAUUUGUGGCAAUGGUCAGUGCUAUAGUGGAAUGAAGGUAUCUGUUCUUGUCCAUCCUCUGCCGCCGCCCCCAUCGUCCUCCAUCGCUCAUUUGAAUCCCUUAUCGGAUUCUGCUGCCCCGGUGGUUCUGCAACAGAGAGGAUUCGGGGUUCUCAUUGUGUCUUUUGCUAUCAGUUGGCUUGGAUCUGGGUGGAUGUGGUGCUAGCCGGAUGUUUUGGCUUUGUUUUGAUUCUUUUGAAGAUGGUCUAGUUGAGGGCAGUGUAUUAUUUGUCUGUUUAAUUUUCUUAAAGUGUUUGGUGUUUGUUUUUGGAUUUGUGUUGGUUUUAAGUUAUAAUACUGGGAACGUCUUCAAAUGUACUAAAUUUCUAGUAGCUUGGUUGCGGUAAACUGAUAUCUUAAAUUAUACUAUGUUUUUAUCUCACAUUAA